CUUCCGUUCCUUUAUGUACGAUUUAUUUACAUAAUUUAUAGUUGAAUAAACUACUGUUGCCUAUAUGUCGGUCUUCAUGUGAUUUUCUCACAGAGUUUCUUACCAACAAAAUGAUCAAACAAGUGUUCAAAUCAUUGCCAGACAAUAAACCAAUAUCGGGAUUAUGUAUUGUCGAAGACUUAUCAAAAUGUCCCGCAGGAUACACUCCGAUAUCAAAAACACAUGAUCAAGAUUCAGAUGCUGACUUACAUUCCCUGACAUGGAAAGAGUCUGUGUUUAUGGGAAAAAAAAUUGGAAGAUAUUUAUGUUUGUCUAAAACAGAAGGAAUCUCAGAUUAUAUUGUAGUAAAUAUAGAUAUAAUAAAUGAAAAAGAUGGCCCUCCAGAUGGUUAUUGUUUAAUAUCCAAAACUAUUGACAGUGAUCAAAAAGCCUGGAGAAAACGUCAACUGUGUUAUAAAUUAACUAGGAAAAGUCAAGCUCCAUAUGCAAUAACUGAUAUUAUAUUAUUGAGCCGAUCAAAAAAAGCUCCUAGUGGUUUUAAUUUAGUUGGGGAUUUAAAUGGUUUAACACUUUGUUAUAAAACCAGCGCUCAAUCUCCAGCUAAUGGGCCUAUACCACCAUUAACAUAUAGCAUAGCACCAACACCACCAUUGCCUACAGACAAUUUUCCAAACUGUAAUGGACUUAAAGGUUCACUUCCUAGUUUAGAUUCAAGUACUAAUGCAUUGUGCCAUGAUUAUGAUCGACUUGUAUCAUUAAAACCAACUCGUCCAGCUCCAAAAUUACCUCCAUCGUAUUCAACUUCUAACUAUUCUACUAUAAAUUCUUAUCAAAGUUUAGAAGGUAUUCCAUUCAUAUUAAAUCAAAAUAUUGUAAUGGAAAAUAAGUCAAUAUUAAAGGAUAUACCAGAAAUUAAAAAAAAAACCCUUGAAGACCUUGAUUUAGAGUAUAACUACAGUUUUGAACAAGAACGUCAAGUGUGAUUUUUAAUUAUUAUACAAAUUGUAAGUCUGUAUCUUCAAUUAAUAUACCUCAAAAAUACAUCAUUGUAUGUUA